CACUCAUCAUUUACAGAUCAAGUUGUGCAGUCAAAGUGGUAAUCUGAUUCCGCUCCUUCUCAACUCAUUUAUUGCAAUUUAUUAAUUCAUAAUAUUUAAAUUAUCCUUUAUUAUCGAAUUGUGUUUUAUUUCAAUUAAUAAGUGACUAAUUUCUGCACAAUGACAACCUCGCAACAUAGUAAGAAACGUGUUUGCUAUUAUUAUGAUGGGGAUAUUGGAAAUUAUUAUUAUGGCCAAGGCCACCCAAUGAAACCUCACAGGAUACGAAUGGCCCAUAAUUUAGUCUUGAACUAUGGAUUAUAUCGUAAAAUGGAAAUCUACCGACCACACAAAGCAACCCAAGAAGAGAUGACAAAAUAUCAUAGCGAUGAUUAUAUUCGAUUUUUAAGAAGCAUCAGACCUGAUAAUAUGAGUGAAUACAACAAACAAAUGCAAAGAUUUAAUGUUGGAGAAGAUUGUCCAGUUUUUGACGGUCUAUAUGAAUUUUGUCAAUUGUCAACUGGUGGAUCUGUUGCUGGUGCAGUAAAGCUUAACAAACAAGCUGCUGAUAUUGCAGUUAAUUGGUCUGGUGGUCUGCAUCAUGCAAAAAAAUCUGAAGCUUCCGGAUUUUGUUAUGUAAAUGACAUCGUUCUAGCUAUUCUAGAACUACUUAAAUAUCAUCAAAGAGUUUUGUAUAUUGAUAUCGAUAUUCAUCAUGGAGAUGGUGUAGAAGAAGCUUUCUACACGACAGAUCGAGUAAUGACUGCUUCUUUUCAUAAAUAUGGAGAAUAUUUUCCCGGUACCGGCGAUCUUAGAGAUAUUGGCGCUGGUAAAGGAAAAUAUUAUGCUGUCAAUUUCCCGCUUCGUGAUGGUAUUGAUGAUGAUGCAUACGAAAGUAUAUUUCAACCUCUCAUUUCCAAGGUUAUGGAAAUGUAUCAACCAAGUGCUGUUGUUUUACAAUGUGGUGCAGAUUCAUUAUCUGGAGAUAGGCUUGGUUGUUUCAAUUUAACAUUGAAAGGGCAUGGAAAAUGUGUUGAAUUUGUUAAAAAGUACAAUUUACCAUUACUUCUUGUUGGUGGUGGUGGGUAUACAAUUCGUAAUGUUGCUAGAUGUUGGACUCAUGAAACUGCCGUCGCUCUUAACUGCGAAAUACCAAAUGAACUUCCAUACAAUGAUUACUUUGAGUAUUUUGGACCUGAUUUUAAACUUCAUAUUAGUCCAUCAAAUAUGGCUAAUCAAAAUUCACCUGAGUAUCUUGAAAAAAUCAAGUAA